AUGUCACCUCCCGUGAGACGUUACAACCUGAGGAGUCAUGCACCACGACACUUGAAAAUCUUCAAUCCUCCUCUUGAACCAUGCGGCGACUUUCACCUGUUUGCACGCUUUCCUGCUGAUAUUCGCUGGCUUGUUUGGCAGCAGGCCCUCAGUCACGAGCGAUGGAUCGAUAUCACCCUGGACCGUUUCGAUUACACAUAUAUCCCGCACUUAUGGCAAAUGCUAGCAAAGCCCGAAGAGUAUAAUAUCGUAUUGGGUCAUUGUUGGAGGAUCAGUAAACUCUUCCGAACCACGUCUGAGUCACGCAGGGCUGCUUUGGCUUUCUACCGUGUUCAACUACCAUGUUGGUACGAGAGGAAAGAUAAAACGAGGUCGAGGGGGACACUCUAUGUUUGUCCCGAAUUAGACACGUUAAAUCUUCGCUCUUUGGAGGCCUUUGGGUGCUUUUCUCGUGACAUUUGGGCUCAUGAUCCUCGUCAUGUGGGUUUGGUCAAUGUCUCUCUGAGAACCGUACUGAAGCCACGAUAUUUACAUAUCCAUGAUGAAUCUACCUUAAAGCAAGGCUUAUCCAGGAUUGAAAGACUUACUUUCAUGAAUUACGAAGGUGCUAGGAAUUUGAGGGGUAGCUUCCGACGGGGCUGUGAAUACACUUGUCGCUCAAAUCAUACUGUUCCCAUUCGGGGGGAUAUUCAAGGCUUCAAAAGACUGCCAUAUGACCCUCGAUUGCAUGAUGAAGAUCUUCGGCGAGUAGAAUUAGGCGUCAACCCGCGGACCAUGUUCAAGCGGUGGUUUGAACUGCUUGAAGGAUUAGGGGUUCAACACAGGCACAAAGUCAUCUAUCAGUUCGGCAGUAGUCGUAAAAGAUUAUGCCGGUGGUACUGGUACCCUUCUGUCGAUUCCGACAUACACGACCGCGAUAGUGCUUCUGAGUGGCUCCAGGGUGAGCACGAGCAACUCAAAGAGUAUUUCGAUGGCGGGAAUAAAUUGGGUGGGCGCAAAGUUGAUUGGGAUCAUGAGAUUGCAAGCAUCUUUGAAACGUCACCCCAGCCAGUCAUUGGGUUCUGGUUGUUUCCUAUGGAGAGUGUCUUCACUCCAGCUGACCUUAACGACACUCAUAUACAUACAGGAUCGAUAGGUCCCAGGACAGUUGACAUGUCACAGUACAUGCCAGAGUUGUGUUUGGCAAACAUCUUUUGA